AUGAAAGGUGAGAUUUCUUUUCCAAAUAACGAAAAUGUUAUGGUUAUUACAUAUGACUGUGAAUCCAAUAUUUAAUUUAAAGGUAAAUUAGAAUAGCUAACAUGGGAAUUAAAAAAACAAAAAACAUUAAAGUAGAUCAAUAAAGAAAAAAUUCGUUUACUUGAAAUAAAGACAUUCACUAAUGAAUAAGAAUAAGGAAAUGGUCGAUAACCAUUUACUGUAAAAUAUAAAUGUGAUAGUUCGGCAAAAACAUUGUUAUAGAUUUUAUAAGAGGAACCAAAUAAAGUUGAAAAAAUACUCUAUUUUUAUAAAUUAAUAGAUUUGGCAAAUAUUCUAAAGGAAUAAAAAUUAAUUCAUAUGAACUUGAAAUUAUACAAUAUUAUAUGGUAUCAGGAAAAAUUUUAUCUGAUUAAUUUUGGAUACUUAGAUACAUAUCCUUCUCAAUAUGUUACUAGUUUAAAUUAUGGUAAUGAACAACAAUAUGAGACUGAUCGUUAAAGAUAUUUAUAUCCUUAUUUAACUUAAAAUUUUUUGACUUUUAUAAAAGAUAAUUUAGGAAAUAAAGACCUAAUUGAGAAACAUUUAAAAAAUAUAUCAGAAGAGAAGAAGCAAAAAUAUGAUCUAUAUGCCUUAGGGAUCAUGAUGUUGGAAUUAUUUGUACCCUUAGAAAAAAUAUAUAAAAAUUUUUAAAUCUAAACUUAUGAUAAAAAAACAAAAAAAUAUAAUAUGAUAGAGUAGUUAAAAAGGAUCGAUGAUUGUUAAGAUAUUUAUGGAAAAGAUACUUGUGAGAAAAUUAAAUAAAUUCUUAAUGAUAUUUUUAUUGAAAAAAAAUUACCAUCAAAGAAAGAUUUUAAUUCUAUAAUACAAAUUUUUGAAAAUAUUCAAGAAAGGGAAAGAGAAAGAGAAAGAGAAAGAGAAAGAGAAAGAGAAAGAGAAAGAGAAAGGGAAAGAGAAAGAGAAAGAGAAAGAGAAAGAGAAAGAGAAAAUGACAAUGACAAUGACAAUGGUCAACCAUAGCAUAAUCAAAGAAAUUCAACUAUUAUUGAUGAUGAAAAUUAAUCAUUAAUUAUUUGUAACUAAACUUAAACUGAAAUUAGAUCUUUACUUUAAGGAUAAAAUUUAGUAUAAAAAAUGAAUCCUUAGCUUGAAAUUUAUGUCAAAGAUCUUAUAGGUAGACAAUAAAUCUUUGAUUUCGAUCCUAGAUUAUUAUAUUAUUUAAAUCAUGAUAAUCUAAACGAUUAUUUAAUUAAAAUAAAUGAUACACCAACUCUUGCUCAUAUGAAAAAAAAAGGAAAGCAUCUUAAGGGUUUAUUAGUUACGGAUUAUCUCAAAAAUAAGAAAUAUCAUGAAUUCUCUAAAUUAGAUAAAGAAGAUGGAUAUUACCUAUUAUAAAAUUAUCUUAAAGUUAAUGAAAAUUAAAUUGAUACUUAUAUUUCAGAAUAAAUUGAUAUUUUAAACAAAAUCCCAGAAAGUUCAUUUUAAUUUAAUUAAAUUAAAAAAAAUUCACCAGUUAUCUAACUAAACACUGAAUAAAGUUUUCUCGAAAAGCUAAUUCGAUAAAUGCCAGUCAUAAAACGCUUUAUAGAAUAUUAAAUGUUAUUUUUACUGAAUUAGAACGAUUAAUAAUUUAAGUGGAAAUUUGAAGAUGAAUAAGAAAAGUAAAUCAACAAAUAUUAAAUGAUUUUUGCGAAAGUGUAGGGUAUAAAUUAAUUUUGGCAUUUUUUUGACUUAGAAAGAAUGGAAAAUGCUCGAUUAAAUAAAGAAAUUACAUAAUUAUAUAUUGGAGAUAUUUAAGAUACUCAAUUUACAGGCAGAAUUAUUGAAUAUAUACCAAAAGUUAGUAAAAAUGUAAACCCGAAAAAGAAAGGCUUAAUUGUAGAUUAUGAAGAAGUAGAAGUUAAUCUUCUUGAUAUGUUCAAAAAUGGCCAAAAUGUUAAAGUUACUACUUAUAAAUAAAACAAUUUUGAGAAGAUAUCAGUUUAUACAGGAAAUUUAAUGAACAAUGAAUAUCAUGGAAAAGGUAAGAUUAUAGACUUGUAAAAUAAUUAUUAAUACUAUGGAGAUUGGAAGUAUGGCAAAAAGGAUGGAAAAGGAGAAUUUAAAGUACUAAGUACAGAGUUUUAAUACAAAUAUGAAUUUAAGGAACUGGAAGGAAUAUUUUCAGAUGAUCAUAUUGAAGAAGGUUCUAAAAUCUAAUUUUUUCCUAAUCUUAAAUUUCAACCCAAUACUCUUUCUCCAAACUAAAACUACGAAGAAGGCAUUGGAAAAUUUUAUUUUGAAGAAGCUGUGAAAGUUUAUUAUUACAAAGAUAAAUAUAGAGUAAAGAUUGAAAGUUCACAAUUAUAUAAAGCAAUUUAGAAUAAAUUAAAAAAUUUAUGUUGUAAUUUAUCAAAUUCAUGUAAAAAGUAGUGAA